AUGAAGUAUACGCAUGCUAUUGUUGUGCGUAUUCCUGACACUGUUCAGUUUUCCGAGAAAGAAAAGUCGACUGUUAAUGUCGCUCUGGCUAAGAAGCAGCUGGAGGAUCUUUCUGAAAGUUUGAGGAAGUCAGGGGUUGACAUAAUAGAAUUGGCUCCGGAAGAAAAUUGCCUGCAACAGAGUCUAUACGCUGGAGACUCUGCAGUGGUUGUAAGUGGUACUGCUCUUGUUACUCGCCCGAAGAAUGUGGGGAGCAGGGACAAAGAAAUUUCGCGAAUACUUGGUGAAUUGGCAUGGGAGGUUGUUGAAACACCAGAAACUUUUAAUGGAAAACCUGUGGUUUUGGAGGGCAGUGAUGUUUUGUAUACUGGAAGAGAAAUAUUUGUUGGUAUCCGUAACCGUGGCACGAAUAUUGAAGGGGCGUUUGUUGUUGGAAGAACGUUUUCUGACAUGAAUGUUGUGCCUAUAACGCUUCCAGGAGACUUGCCCUUAAAACAUUAUGUGUCAAUGAUAACAACGGAUGUGAUUGCUGUAGGAAGUUCCAAAGAUGCAGAAGAUGUUUUACACAGAAUUGAACGUCAAGCGACUUUUCGAUACAAAACAUUGACGAUGCAGCACGACGCUGCCAUUAACUUUUUAAAUGUCAAUGAUCACGUCAUUUACCGACAAGAUGCUCCAGACACUAGACUUCAACAACUGAGAGAACCAAUAAAGCUGUGGAGUGUUCCAGCAAAUGAACUAAUCGCACUUGGUGACCCCGUCUCUCGUUUCUGUUUGCUUGUUAGAAAAUUGCGAACAUUGCGAACGAUUUGGGAAGCUUAA